AUGUCAACAUAUUCAGAAAUCGAUGAUGAUCAAUUUUGUCAAAUAUGUACGGAUAAAGCGAGUGGUUGGCAUUGUGGUGCAAUAACAUGUGAAGCUUGUAAAAAAUUUUUUCUUCGUACAAUAAAUGCCGAAAAUAAAUAUAAAUGUCAGCAUGACAAAUGUUGUAUAAUAAAUCGACAUUCACGAACACAAUGUCAGUAUUGUCGAUAUCAAAAAUGUUUAAAAUUUGGUAUGAAGCCUAAUAAUGAAAAAACGUAUACAAAAACCGAAGAUUUAUAUAAAACAUUACCGUGUAUUAUUUGUUCAUCAUCAUCAUCUGGACUUCACUUUGGUGCAAUUACAUGCGAAGCAUGUAAAUGUUUUUUUCGACGAUCAAUUAAAGAGAACGCCAUUGAACAUUAUCAUUGUUCAGCAAAUGAUUGCUGUAAAAUAGAUUCAAAAUUAAAAAUGAAUUGUCGAGCAUGUCGAUUUCGAAAAUGUAUUGAUGGUGGAAUGUCAGUGGGUGCAAGUCGAAUUGGACGUCAAUCAAAUUUAUUUAAACAUAGUCUUAUAACUAUACAAGAGAAACGUCCCGAUAGUAAAAUGGCAUCUAUUGAUGAUAGUGCACGAGUGGCUAUAAUAGCUAAAAAACGAAAAAUAAAAUAUGUUAGAUCAUUUUCAUCACCGAAUGAAAUUGCCAUUAAAUUACCUGAAGAAAUGAAAAUUUAUAUUGAAAAUGUACGCAUAGCCUAUUGUAAUCAUUUAAAAGAAUUACCAUAUUGUUUACCACGAGAAACAGUUUGGUUAACAAUAGGACAUCAAUUGGUUCUCUAUGCCGAAUGUUUAAUUCAUUUUUGUCAAAAAACUAUUACCAAUUUCAAUAAUUUAUCAGAUCCGUAUGAAAUAAUUAGUUCAUCAAUUCAUACUGUUAUUAUUAUUACAUUAAUGUUAACAUCACGUCCAAAAAAUAAAUUAAUAAUUGGUUGGAAUUAUUGGAAAACAGAUAAAACUUUAGCCGAUGUUCUAUACUCAUAUAUUCCAUACAUGUCUGAAGCUGAAAAUUUUUAUCGAUCAAAUGAAACUGAAUUAAGAAAUUUUCAAUUUGAUGAAAAUGAAAUAUCUCUCGUAAUUCUCAUAUGUUUAACUAGAAUAAAUUUUUUAAAUUCUGAUAAAAAUUCAACAUGGUCAAAAUGUCAAUUCGAUUGUGUAGAAGCACUAAGUGAAUAUAUGCAAGCGAGACGAGGAAUAUGUGAUCAAUUACCAUUUGAAUUUUAUGAUGUGUCAUUUUUAAUUACACAAAUUCGAUCAUUAAAUAAAAAUAUUGUUCAAUGUUUAACCACAGCACCAUGGCCAAAAAAUUUACCAUUCUAUUUUUAUCGAAUAUAUGUUCCAAAUAUAGAAAAAAAACAAAUAAAUUCAAAUGAAGUAACAGAUCAGGAUACGACCAUUUCAAUCUAG